GCGUGUCUGCUCUGUUCUUCUUCUCGAUUCUUCCUCCCGACAAGCCCCCAAGCCACCGACUCUCUCCCCCUUGAAAAACCCGGUGAGAUCUUGAUGAAUUUCUCCUUCUUUUCUUGUUCUUGAACCCAGAAACUCCCCCCCUCUCUGCUGGAAAUUCCAGAUCUGCUCUGCGUCUUUUCCCCCUUCUGCUGUUCGUCGGCUUCAGCUUGUGGGUUUGAAUUUUGGGCAUUUUUCGGGUAAGCCACAGCCAUGAAAAUCAUCUCUUUAGCUUUGAUUUGGCUUGGGUUACUCUAAUCUCUGUUUUGGUUCUUGAAUUUGGGUUAAUUCCGUGAGCUCCCCCCCUCGCACUUGCCGUCGACUUCUUCUCCCUGCUAGCUCCGGUUUUGCUUGUUAAAUUCCGGUUCUGAUCGUUCUGUCACCGAAGCACUUGGGUUAGCCUUUUGUUCUGUGCGAGUGAGGUAAGUAAAUUGUGGUAAAGCCCUUCGAUUUUAAAGCAUGUUUUAAACUGUUUUUGAGAUGGUGGCAAGGUUUAAAGUGAUUUUAAAUUGAUUUUAUCAGCAUCUGAAUGUGAUUAAACUGAAAUGGAAAUUGUGAUGGUUUUUAUGAGAAUUUCACUGUCUUUUUGGAAUUGAGCAUGAUUGAAAUGAAAAGUGAGAAUUUCAUUGUUUUUCUGGAGUUAUUGCACCGAGCAUGAUUGGUUUGAAAUGAAACUGUUUUCGUUGGUAUUGAGUAGAGCAUGCCUAUUUGGAAUUGACUGAACUGUUUUGAUGAACUGAGAAUUUACAAAUUUUGAGUUUUCUGAUAAAUCCAUGCCCACAUUGAAAUUUUCCGGUUUGUUCUAAAAUUUGGGAUUGAUUGUGAAAUUCGGGUUUUCUGUAAACUCUGCAUGGUUUUGUCUCAGAUAUAGUCAUGAUUACUGAUUACUGUACCCGCUAGUGGGAGGUUUAUAAAUGCUAGCACAUGUCGUCAUGUUUACUGAUAGAACCAGUUCACCCUACCAAUGGGGUUAAACAUUGGUAAUUACUGUUGCCUGCCAGUGGGAGUUGUAAACACUGGCACCAUUACUGACGCCUGCCAGUGGGAGUUAUUAAACACUGGCACUUUUGUAACCUUGCCUAUGGGGUUUAACAUUGGCAACUACUGUGCCUGCCAGUGGGAGGUUUAUAAACGCUGGCCAUAACUUAUAGAUGAGACUACUGAAUUGAGUUUUCUUCUGCAUUGACGGUUUGUCAUGAAACGUUUUGUUAUUGAACUGAAUCUGAUUUUGCAUUGACGAGUUGUCAUUGAAUGCUUUGCAAUUAAACUGAAUCUGAUUUUGUCACUGAGCGUUUUGGUUAUAUUAAACUGUUUAUCUGGCGUACUUAAAAGUUUUACCCAAGGGCUAUCCAUAUUUACUUACUGAGAUAUUUUAUCUCAUAGUUUUCCUUGUCCACCAUUUCAGGAAGCGAUACCGAGGAUAGGGAAACCGAGGGGAGUGACGAGUUAGAAGGGUAGCCAUUUCGAGAUUGGUAUAGAUUUAGAAAUAAAUCAUGCUCUUGCAAGCUAGAGUGUAUUUGGAGAUUUUAUGAUAUCAGAGCAGAUGGUAAAAUUUUAUCUUGAAAUUUUGUGGUAUCAGAUUGUGAUUUGAAUAAGUUCCGAGCCUUGUGCACUUGUGGGACCCGUCUCACGAGUGCACGGCGUCUGUCGCGUCCCCGGAUUUGGGUUCUGGGGCGUGACACAUAUAAUUGUUACAAAUAAACUAAUAAUUGUGUU